AUGGCUGGAAAAAAGCUCAAUAUCCCCAAACAAGCAGUAGAUUGGGAUGUAGGGCCAAACUAUCAAAUAAUCAAGCAAAUAGGCUCAGGCUCUUAUGGCAUGGUAUGUGAGGGAAGACAUGUACCGACAGGUGAAAAGGUAGCAAUCAAACAAAUGACUAAGAUUUUUGAUGACUUGAUAGAUUGCAAACGCCUGCUCCGAGAAGUCGCUAUUUUGAAAUAUCUGAACCAUCCUAAUGUUGUCAAGCUCAGGGAAAUCCUCCUUCCAAAAGACUUGAACCAUUUCAAUGAACUUUAUAUUGUGAUGGAGCAUGCACAGUCAGAUUUAAAAAAACUGGUGAAAAGCCCAGUAAAUCUUGAAGAAGACCAUAUCCAGCUUAUUGUUUACAACACUAUCUGUGGCCUAAAGUACAUCCACAGCGCAAACAUCCUCCAUAGAGAUCUGAAACCAGCCAAUAUUUUACUCAAUGAAGAUUGCGAGGUAAAAAUCUGUGACUUCGGGCUAGCGAGAAGUGUGACUGAGGAAACAAAAGAAGCGGGGAAUAUGGAAGAUGAAUUUGAUGAACCGAUUCAUGUAAAACAGCCUGAGCCCCCAAAACCGGCUGGAGGAAAGCCAAAGCUAGCAAGAAGUAAAGGAGGCUUGCAAGCCAAAACUGAAUUAACUGGACAUGUAGUAACGAGAUGGUAUAGAGCGCCAGAAUUAAUUUUACUAGAAAGAGAAUACACUAAAGCAAUUGAUGUCUGGAGUUUAGGUUGCGUUAUUGCUGAACUGUGUGGAAUGCUAGCUCCUCCCUCUGAAAGAAGGCAAAAUUUGCUCACUAACGGAUUUAUAAUUAAUUUUUUUUCCUGAAUAUAAAUAUUCAGUUCUUGUAAUAAAAUUUUUGUGUUUUCUAAAGAAUUUUUUAUCCCAAAAAAACUAAGAUUUUCUAAUAGUUUUGCUCGCUCAAGAGAGUAAGAGAAAAUGCUCCGACCUUCAUGGACAGGAGCCCAUUAUUCCCAGGAAAUUCAUGCUUCCCUCUAAGUCCUGAUCAUAAAACCAAAAACAGAAGGGCAGGCUUUCCAAGCAGCAAUAGCGAUCAGCUAAAUGUGAUAUUCGAAGUCAUUGGAACCCCAACUGCUGAAGACAUUUCUUUUAUUACUGAUGACAAAGCUUUAUUAUACUUAAACUCUUUUGGAGAAAGAGAAAAGAAAAGCCUGCAAAUGAUUUACCCGCAUUCUAAUAGAAACCUUAUCGAUCUAAUGGAGCAAAUGAUUUUGUUCAACCCAAGAAGAAGGAUAUCAUGUAUUGAAGCUUUGAGGAAUCCUUACUUUGAUGACAUCAGAGAUCAAAAUAAAGAAAUUGACGCAGAAGUUCCAGCUGAUUUUGAAUUCGAACAUAUAGAAAACAUCACAGCCCAACAGUUGAGAGAGUUCUUCAUACAAGAAAUAAUGAGGUACCAUUAA